AUGAUUAAAGAGCAUGAAAAUCGUUGUGUACAAAGUCACCUCUCUCAACUCACAUCACAAAAGGAUACUAAUUAUUCACUGUGGCGCGCAACCAAGAACCUUAAGCAACCAAAAGACCACAUCCCGCCUCUGAGAAAACUUGAUAGAAGCUGGGCUAGGACUGAUGUAGAAAAAACAACAGCAUUCGCAGUACACCUAGAAAAAGUAUUUACACCACUACCUUGUUCCAACCCCGAUAAUGACGAUGACAUAGCGAAUUAUCUACAGUCUCCAAAUCAAUUAUGUCCCCCAUUAAAAGCAGUAAGUCCUAAAGAAAUAAGCCGGGAGAUAAAAUGUCUUUCACCCAAUAAAGCUCUGGGGUACGACCUAUUGGACUCCGUGCUUUUAAGCAAUCUUCCGAGGAGUGGCGUAAUAUAUCUUGUUACACUCUUCAAGUCAUCUAUGAGACUCUCCCACUACCCGGGACAGUGGAAAAUUGCUCAAGUAGUAAUGAUCCUCAAACCUGGAAAGCAGCCAGAAGAAGUCUCAUCCUACAGACCAAUAAGUCUCCUUCCACUGGUGGGGAAAUUGUUCGAAAAAGUUAUCCUCAAUAGAAUGCAAUCUUUUUUUCUAUUUGAAAAGGACGAAGAGAGAACGAAAUGUGAAAUAUGGCAGAAACGUCAGCCUAUAAUUAAACAAAGAAGACGCGAGAAGGCUUCUGGUGCAGAAGUGGUUACGUCUGCUAAAGUGCUUGAAGUGUUAUAG